AUGUCAGUGAACACGAGUCACGGACUACCUUUCCUCCCGGGCAACACUUUUCGCGAUGUUACGAAGUCAGUCUUUCACCGAUCGCAGACUCUCUCCUAUAAGAACGGCUACGCUUUAUCGAGACGCCCCACGGUGGGCAUCGGGCAGACGGCGCUCGCGUCGGAGCAGCUGCGGCUCAACGAGAUUAACACCCUGAUCAACCUGACCCCCGCCGUCACACUCGACUCCGACACACGCUCCCCCCGGCUGGAGUUCGUCCCUGCUCACGUCCUUUACGACAAGAAGGUGUUGCGUUUCUUCGGUUACUUUCGGCAGGAAGUUCAGGAUUCUCCGGACGAGGAGUUCCGCAUCCGUCCGGUGGUUGUGUAUUAUUACCUGGAAGAUGACAGUAUGUGUGUGACAGAGCCAAUGGUGGAGAAUUCUGGCAUCCCACAGGGAAAACUGGUCAAGCGACAGAGACUACCCAAAAACCUGAAAGGGGAAUUUUACCACUGGAAAGACCUGAACCUGGCAAUGGACCUGACAGUGUAUGGGACAGUGUACCGUCUCACACACUGUGACCACUUCACACAGGACUACAUGGAGAGUCAGGGGUUGAUUCUGAAUGACCCUGAGUCGAUACCCAGUGACCCCUAUAUGACACGCCGCACUCAGCCUCAGAGAAAUUACAUCACCCCCACAGAGUACGACAGACUCAAACAGUACCUUACCAUGGACCGCAAGGUCUUGCGUUUCUUUGCUCUUUGGGAUGACUCAGACUCGCUGUAUGGGGAGUCUCGUCCUGUGACUAUUCAUUUCUACUUGUCUGAUGACUCAGUGGAGAUCAGAGAGACUCAUCAGCCUAACAGUGGGCGAGACCCCUUCCCCAUACUGCUCCGUCGCCAGAGACUGCCCAAGCAAAUCACAACAGCCUGUGAGCCGUUUCCAAGCUGUGUGCUAGAGGUCUCACCGCAGGAAGUGCAAGAGUAUUACUCCCCGAAGGACUUCCAGGUCGGGGAGAGGAUUAGACUGAUGGGAAGGUGUUUCCUGUUGUACGACUGCGACGAGUUCACCCGCAAAUAUUAUGAGGAGAACCACCCUGAGAUCCAGAUCAAACCGGUUCAAGUGGAUAUCGGCACCCUACCACAGCACGAUGGCAAGAGAGUGGUCCCGCCGUAUAACGGGUUUGGUUCACUGGAGGAUUCGCUGCAGAACUGUCUGUCUCUCAUCCCUGAACCACCAAAGAAAGACCUGAAGAGACUUCUGGAAAAUGACCAUAAAGUCCUACGCUAUGCUGCUCGACUGGAUUCGAGUGACCCUAAUGACGAGGGUCGGCAGUUUAUCCUCUCCUACUACCUGUCCAAUGAUAUGAUUAGCAUCUUCGAGAAAACCACGCGAAACUCCGGCAUCCUUGGUGGGAAAUUCUUGGAAAAAACACGCAUUCCAAAGCCAGGAAGCACCGUGGAAAACCCGGAAUACUACGGCAUGGCAGACUUUGCCAUUGGAGCAACGAUAGAAGUUUUCAGACAUCGUUUUGUCCUGACGGAUGCUGAUCUGUACGUGCUGAAGUACUUGGAGUCUGUGGCAGACCAAAUCCCCACCCAAACCCUGACCUCGCUGCGCCAGAGACUGGGCGUGUGCGAGGAGCCCAAACCAGACGAGAGCCCAGAGCAAGCCCCGGGUACCACCUCGGAUGAACCCACUGGAGGGGAACAGGACCGACCAGAGUGA